AUGAUUCUAAAAUUCCUCAAGACAUUUAUCAGAACAACUUUUAUCUACAUAGUAACGAUGUUUUCCCCAUAUUAUUUACUGACUUUCUUCGAACUCGUCAUUUUCGCCUUCACUUUCUCUGAUAAAACAAAAUUUAACGAUUUUUACGAUUUUCUUUUAGAGUUACAUACUCAGAUGACGCCAAUUAUUGUUCUUUUCUUUCUUCUGUUCCCUUUUCUUCAGAAUAUUUUCAAAUUCAGGGUGGUCCCCAAGACUGGAUACAGAAAACAGAAAUUCAAUGUUCCAAAUCGAGCAAUAGCACUUAUAUGCCUCGUUUCCAUCUACUCAUUUAAAAAAUACAUGUAUUUUUCAAUUGGACUCUCAAUAUGUGGAACAAUUGUGUAUUAUUUCGAUGAACAAUCAGACUUACCUGAAAUAGCAUUUACAUUUGCACUUGAACUCUUAAUGUUUUUCUUGAGCAAAAUUUUACAAAAUUAUUUCAGAAUUGCGUUCUUGGUUCCAUCUAUUGUCUUAUCAUUAGCUUUUCUAUUCAUCAAACGAUUUCAAUUAUUACUUACACCAAAUGAUUUCACAGAAUUUAUAGUAACGCUAUUCCAACAGUUUGGUGUUUUACUUUUCGAAAUUGUUGUUAGCUACGGUCCAAGGAGACACGGAAUUACAGGAUUUUUAGCUUUAUUCCUUCAUUACGCAAUUUAUGUUGCAUCAUUUUAUGUUAAAUCCUCCAUUCACUACCCAGCUCAAACGAAAAAGGAGUAA